AUGGAGGGCACUCGUAGUGGACGAGGCCGUGGGCGCGGUAGUAGGCAACCCGCGACUGAAGGGGCUACUAGGGAAACUAUGCCCGAACCAAACCCUAAAACCCAAAUUGAUCCCAACGUUCAAGUAGCCGCUGCUAUCCAACGGAUGACUGAUCUCCUAGUACAUGUCGUGCAACAACAGGGCCACAACCCUAAUCCACCUGUCGGGAAUCCCGGAAACCCCGGAAACCAUGUAGAGAGUGAGGAUCGAGCUCUCGAGAGGUUCCAAAAGUUCUCCCCACCGAAGUUUCUAGGAGGGCCUGACCCUGAUGUGGCCGAACAGUGGUUAGAAAAGAUGAUAGACAUUUUUGCUGCCCUACACUAUUCGGAGGAGAGGCAGGUUACUUUUGUUGUCUUUCAACUAGAAGGGGCCGCCCGUUCUUGGUGGAAUAUCAUUCGAACUAAGUUGGAGAGAGAACAGACGCCAAGAACGUGGGUGAACUUCGUGAGGGAGUUCAAUGCUAAGUACUUCCCGCCUUUGGUCCAGGAGAAGAAGGAAGACGAGUUUAUUCGACUUCGCCAAGGCACUCAAUCAGUGGCUAAGUGCGAGAGCUAG